AUGGAGAUAACAGCAUUUUGGAGUGUGAAAUUUCUCUUUUUCUCUUAUUUGGUGCAUAUUUCGCAAAGUGCAGAGGAAACUGGAGAUGAUUUUCACGCACAAACACGGCUUGGUGCUAUUGUAGGAAAACGUUUCAAAUCGUAUAAUAAUCAGGGAACAUUAUACAAAUUUUUAAACAUUCCAUUUGCAAAAGCUCCUGUCAACCAUUUAAGAUUUGCAAAACCAAUACCCUAUGGUGCAUGGUCCGGAACUCUCAAUGCCACAAACGUUGGCCCUGCCUGUUACCAGACAGUCACAGAUUUAGCUAAAAACUUUAAAUUUUCAGAAGAUUGUCUUCAGCUGAAUAUUUAUGUCCCAAACAAUUUCAAUCCCUCUAACAAGAAAAGCGUAAUGGUUUGGAUUCACGGAGGAGGAUAUUUAAUGGGAUCAGGAUUAUCCUACGAUGGCGGCUUCUUGGCCUUAAACGGUGACGUCAUCGUUGUAACAAUAAAUUAUCGCCUUGGGAUUUUUGGAUUUCUGGCGUCAGGCGAUUAUAGAGCGAAGGGGAAUAUGGGAUUAUGGGAUCAGAUUCUUGCUCUUAAUUGGGUACGAUAUAAUAUCCACGACUAUGGCGGAAAUCCCAGGGAUGUCACGAUAUUCGGGGAAUCAGCGGGGGGAUUCAGUGUUUCAUUAUUGGCAUUGAUUCCUAACAACAGGGGACUAUUUCAUAGGGUGAUCAUGGAAAGUGGGGUUGCUAGUUCACAAUUUGCUACAGUAAACGCCUCUUUGUCUACAAUAAAAACUGCAGAGAAGGUAGGCUGUGUGUAUGAUACUUUGUCGACCAGUGAUGCCGCUUUUCUGCGAUGCUUAAGAAAUAUAGACCCAAUGAAAUUAGUGAAUGCCACUGAUGAGUUUAUUACUGACUUAGGGCUCCGAGGAAUCUCGCAAACGAUAUUCGCCCCCACAAUUGAUGGAGAGUUAUUUAGAAGAGAACCCGCACUUCUUUUACAAGACAAGAGUUCCUCAGAAUUCACCUUUUUCCAGUCUCUGGAUGUUAUGAUAGGAAACUGUGAAAAUGAAGGCUCUGUAAUAGUUGGAGCAUUUCCUUUCCUACAAGACGAGCUACCUUUUAAUAUAAGCAAUGGUGUUCCACCAGCGGAAAUGUGUAAAGUGUUUCUACCCAACUUAUUAAACGAAAAGAUGAAGUCUAAUACCCAAGUCUUUAAGGAUGUUUGUGACAUGUACACCGUAAAGGAGAAUGACGAAGCAGAGCAAGGGCGACAAUUUUUAAGUCUCAUUAGUGACUAUCUCUUCCUUAAUCCGUCCACUUCAACGUUGCUAAAACACUCCAACAAUGUCCAAGCGUCUUCUACUUAUCAAUAUGUUUUUUUUGAUGAACUUUCAUUCAUGCUUCCAAAUGCUCCUUCGUGGUAUCGAGGCUCUGCUCACGCCACAGAACUUAUUUACUUGUUCUACUAUGAACAGUUAGUGUCACGUGUUAAAUAUCCCAAGGGCGCCGAAAUAUUAGUAAAUCAAAUGAGGUCUUAUUGGACUAAUUUUGCCAAAACAGGAAAUCCAAAUGGCCCUGGACUUCCAGUUUGGUUGCCCUAUGAUCGUAAUUCUAGUCAUCCUUACAUGAGCUUCAGGUCCCUUAAUACUGGGAUGGGGCUGGAUUACAGAAAAGACUACAUGGAAUUCUGGAUGAACAAGAUCCCAGCAAUGUUAUCUGAGCCUGAUUGUGAUCAAAAUAGCUGUGCUCUACCUGUUAUGGCACUGUUAUUGGGAUAUAAAUUCCUUCUUUUUUCCUUAAUGAUGCCAUUUUCACAAAGUGCAGAUGAAACUGGAAAUGAUUUCCAUGCACAAACACGGCUUGGAACAAUCGUUGGAAAACGUUUUAAUUCGUAUGAAAAUCAAGGAACGGUAUAUAAAUUUCUAAAUAUUCCAUUUGCAAAAGCCCCAGUUGGCCAUUUAAGGUUUUCAAAACCAUUACCUUAUGGUGCCUGGUCCGGAACUCUCAAUGCAACCAAUUUUGGUCCUUCGUGUUACCAAAAUGACAAACGAUUCAAAUUGUCAGAGGAUUGUCUUCAGCUUAAUAUUUAUGUUCCGAACGAUUUCAAUCCAUCUAAUAGGAAAAGCGUUAUGGUUUGGAUUCAUGGUGGAGGGUAUAUAAUCGGGUCAGGGAUACCUUAUGAUGGUAGCUUUUUGGCAUUGAAAGGUGACGUUAUUGUUGUAACCAUUAAUUACCGAUUAGGUAUUUUCGGAUUUCUUGCAUCAAAUGAUUACAGAGCAAAAGGGAAUAUGGGAUUAUGGGAUCAGAUUCUUGCUCUUAAUUGGGUACGUUAUAAUAUCCAUGACUAUGGUGGAAAUCCUAGGGAUGUAACAAUUUUUGGGGAAUCAGCAGGGGGAACCAGUGUUUCUCUUUUGGCCUUAAUUCCUAACAACAGAGGAUUAUUUCAUAGGGUGAUUAUUGAAAGUGGAGUUGCUACCUCAACAUUUGCAACAACAAACGCAUCAUUGUCUACGAUACGAAUAGCAAAGAAGGUGGGUUGUGUUAAUAAUGAGCUGUUUUCAAAUGAUAUCACCUCUCUGCGAUGCCUUAGAAAUGUGGACCCAAUGACAUUGGUAAAUGCAACCAGUGAGUUUACCUCCGAAUUAGGACUUUUGGAACUAUCAUUUCCACCUUUUGCUCCAGUAGUUGAUGGAGAGUUGUUGAGAAGAGAACCCGCACUUCUUUUACAAGAUAAGAGCUCAUCAGAGUUCACUUUCUUCCAGUCUCUGGAUGUAAUGAUCGGUAACUGUGGAACAGAAGGCUCUGUUUUACUUAAUAUCUUCCAAGCCCUACAAAACGACCUGAAGUUCAAUAUAAGCAUCGGUAUUCCUACGAGGGUAAUGUGUAACACAAUUCUGCCUAAUAUAUUAAGCAAAAAUAUAAUCUCGAAUGACAUGGUUUUCAAAACUGUGUGUGAAAAAUACACAGUAAAAGAGGAUGUGGCAGAGCAAGGACGUCAACUUUUAGAUCUCGUAGGUGAUUAUGUAUUUAUCAAACCGUCCAUUUCAACGUUGCUUGACCAUUCCAACAACAUCCAAGGAACCUCUACUUACCAGUAUAUGUUUUUUGAUGAAAAUUCGUUUCUAGUUUCCAAAGCUCCUUCGUGGUAUCGUGGUUCAGCCCAUGGCACAGAAAUAUCAUACCUUUUCUUCUAUGAACAAUUUUCCACAGGCAUGGAAUUUUCGGAAGGUGCCGAGAUUUUAGUAAAUCAAAUGAGAUCAUAUUGGACAAAUUUUGCCAAAACUGGAAACCCCAACGGUCCUGGACUGCCGGUUUGGUUACCUUAUGAUCGUAAUUCAAGUCAUCCUUACAUGAGCUUGAGGUCCCUGAACACUGGGAUGGGGCUAGAUUACAGAAAAGACUAUAUGGAGUUCUGGAUGAACAAGAUCCCAACAAUAUUAUCUAAUUGUGAUCAAAAUAGCUGUGCUUUACCUGUUGUUGGAAUGGGAAGCACAGGCUCCCUCAUGUACGUCUUUACGAUAUUACUCGUAUCAUCACAGUGCAUUUUUCACAUCAAAGCUGAGCAAAGUGAAAUUGAAAUCCAAACAAGACUUGGAAGUGUAAUAGGAGUACGACACAAUGAUUUCAUGAAUAAGGGGAUAAUCUAUAAAUUUCUCAAUAUACCAUAUGGCAAAGCUCCGAUUGGUCAUUUACGGUUUCAAAAACCUCAGCAAUUUGGAGCUUGGUCAGAAACCCUUAAUGCAACAAGGCUAGGCGCUGUUUGUUAUCAGUCACAAAACCAGUCAACAACAUUUCCGAGAUUUACUGAAGAUUGUCUCAAGUUAAACAUUUAUGUCCCCAAUAAUAUAAAUUCUUCUAAUAACAAAUCAGUUAUGGUCUGGAUUCAUGGUGGUGCAUUUAUGGUCGGUUCCGGUGGCAUGUAUGAUGGAAGUAUGCUUUCUUUAGUAGGAGAUGUAAUUGUAGUGACAAUAAAUUAUCGACUGGGAAUAUUUGGAUUCUUUGCUUCAAGAAAUAACAAGGCAAAGGGGAAUGCCGGACUUUGGGACCAGAAAAUGGCUCUAAACUGGGUGAGAUACAAUAUUAAAGAUUAUGGCGGGAAUCCCGAUGACGUCACAAUUUUUGGAGAAUCAGCAGGAGGAUCCAGUGUGGCCUUACAAUCUUUAAUACCAAGCAACAGAGGGCUUUUUCACCGAGUAAUUGCUCAAAGUGGGACUGCCAAUUCUUACCUUGCAGUAUCCAAUGCUACUUUGUCUUCUAUUGCAAUUGGCAAGAAAGUUGGUUGCGCUUACAAUUACCACUCAGGAAAUGAUCAAAGCUUUAUUGAAUGUCUUAGAGCUGUAGAUGCAAGUGUUCUUGUGAAAGCAAUGAAUUUAGUCUGGAUGGACUUAGGAUUGAACGCUCUUGUAAAACUUCCUUUUUCGCCGACAGUUGAUGGUGAACUCAUUCGUAAGGAUCCAGUUCAUUUACUGACCGACAAGUCGUCACCAGAAUUCAAUUUUUUUCAGUCACUGGACACGAUGAUUGGAAUUUGUGAUAAUGACGGUUCCCUGGCGAUUAGCUUCUUACCAUUUUAUCAAUCAAAAUUAAACUUUAAUAUCAGUGAAGGUGUACCAACUAGUGAGAUGUGUAAUACUAUACUACCUGUAUUUUCAAAGUCAUUAUUCAACAACAGUAGCGAUGUUUCUAAUGCGAUCUGCAAGAAGUACUCGGCGGUAAAUAAUAUUGAGGAACAAGGUCGGGCCUUUUUACACAUGUACGGUGACAUUACAUUUAUUGCCCCUGCAGCACUUGCUUUAGAAUAUCAUGCAAACAGUAUUCAGGGAACAUCAACAUAUCAAUACGUCUUUUCCGAUGAACUACCUUCAAUACUUCCCACCGCACCUUCGUGGUAUCGUGGUUCUGCGCAUGCGACUGAUGUCUUUUAUUUGUUUUUGUAUGAGCAAGUUAAAAAUGUAACUAAAUGGCCAAGUGGAGCAGAUAUACUAGUAAACCAGAUGAGACAAUAUUGGGCCAACUUCGCAAAGACUGGAAACCCUAACGGACGCAGUUUGCCACAUUGGGACCCCUUCGACGAGAGCGCUUUACGUCCAUACAUGAACCUCCAAUCUUUGAUGACCUCUAUGGGGACAAAUUAUCGGAAAACCUAUAUUGAUUUUUGGAAUAAUGGUUUGUCUAACAUAAUGCAAAAUGGAUGUAACCUUAAAAGUUGCGUUAUGCCAGUGGUUGGCUAAAUUUUG